AUGGUGCAGAUCAAUGAAGCCAUGCUGCGAGGACGGGCGGAGCACAAUGAUAGGUGUCUAUCCAACCUCAAGGAGAUAUCGCUUCACCAGCAGAAUAUCGAGGGAAUAAACAGAAUGUUGACGAGAAUGUGCCCGGAGCUCGAGAUCUUGUAUCUUCAACAUAAUUUGAUACCAAAGAUCGAGAAUCUGAAGCGAUUGCGUGACCUCGACUAUCUAAACCUGGCGCUGAACAACAUCAAGAAGAUUGAGGGAUUGGACAGGAACGAAAAGCUGAGGAAACUUGACCUGACCGUCAACUUCAUCGAUAUUGAGAACCUCCUGUCUGUUGAGAGCUUGAGGGUGAACCACAACCUGCGCGAACUGUUCCUCAUCGGGAACCCUUGCACGGAGUUCCAGUCCUACAGGCUCUACGUCAUCGGGACGCUGCCACAGCUCGAGAAGCUGGACGGGCAUGCGAUCACUGCGACGGAGAGGAUUCAAGCAGAGCAGCAGCUGCGAGACAUUAGGGUGAGACUGGUGGCCGCUGCGAGGGAGCGCGUGAAGCAGAUGGGAGGAGAUCCGAAUCUUGUGGACGCAGAGCAGGUUCCUGACCAGGAGAUCGACUCUGACGAGGAGGGGAAGGAGUUGUAUGGGUUCAGCCCAGAGAUUCGGUUGGCAGAUUACAAGCGGGAGGUGAAGAAGAAGCAGCGGGAAGACGAGGAGAAGAAGACGAUGGAGAGGGAGAAGGACCCUAUGAAGGCGGCCAAAGAGGAUUACUACAAGAAUCGGUCUCUUAUGAAAGAAGAUGGCACUCCACGAGUUUGCAACGAUGGCAAGUGGAACUUUGACAUCAACGAUGACAAGGAAGGAAAUAUUGUUGUCCGCAUCGAGUUUCCCAAGUUCAUGGACUCGUCCAUGCUCGACUUGGACGUUCAGCCAACCUUCUUCCGAGUGACUUGCAGGAAGCCCGAGAAGCACGACAAGAUCAUCCAGCUGCUGCUCCCCGAGGAAGUUCGUGCAGACGCUGCGACGGCUCAGAGAUCGCAGAUCACGGGAGAACUUAAGAUCAUCUGCCCGAAGCUUCACUGGACGCGCUCGGCCAAGCAGGAGGACAAGGCAGUGACGCUACAAGCCAGUGAGGCUCCUCGGAACCGGCGGAUGGCGAACGAGCUACAGGGAAGCGUGGACAUCAAGAACAUGACCAAGCAAUCCCCCAACAGACACGAGGCAGACAUCCGCCCGCUGACGCAGAAGCUUUCGAAAGUCUCAGUCGAUCAAGACUUCGAGGACGAUCCCGAUUGUCCUCCACUGGAAUAAAAGAACAAGGAAAAUGG